CCUUGCUACUAUGGAUAAUGAUUGGCGCGAUUGCAUUAAUAUUGAUCAGCAUUUGCAUAUGAUGACAAUCAAAGCUAAUAUAUCGCACUUCGUUUCAAAUGCUAUAUUGAGCUUUUCUGCGUUUGUUGCCGUAUUUUACAUUUUAGGCGAAUACGCAAUUCGUUUCUUAUUUCUAAGCGAAUACAAUAAUACUGAACGGCAACUUCCUGUAAAGAUACAAUUACCCUUUGACUCACAACAAUCGCCGAUAUUUGAGUUUAUCGUUGUAGCACUAUUUUUACAUGUGCUGUUACAAAUCUGCAUGUUUUGUACUCUAAAUGGAUUGAUUCUUACUUUGGUAUUACAUGUUAGCGGACAAAUCGAUAUAAUGUGUCAUGAGUUUAGAAAUAUUUCCAAGAGUGCUCUUCUUCAUAAAUCUACGAUAUCUUUAUUUCAAGUGCAGAUCGAGAGGCACAACAGAAUUAUUUCCUUUUCUGAAAAUGUACAGAAACUCUUCUCUUUCAUUGCACUGAUGCAAGUUGUUUACAGCACCUUGGUCAUUUGCUGUCUAGGAUUUUUUAUAAUAAUUUCUAUUCAUAACGAAAGUGGUAUUUUGGUAUUAGUGAAAACCAUUCUUGCUUAUCUUGCUAUAAUGGUUGAAUCCUUCAUCAUUUGCUUUGCCGGGGAAUAUCUGAGUUCCAAAGGUAAACUAAUUGCCAAUGCAACAUACGACACGCUGUGGUAUGAUAUGCCAUCACAUCAUAGUAAAAUUAUAAUAUUCAUAAUAAUGAGAUCUCAGAAACGAUUGGCAAUCACGGCAGGGAAAAUGAUGGAUAUGUCAUUCGAAGCUUUCUCGAGUAUCGUGAAGGCAUCAGCAUCAUAUAUCUCUGUCUUGAAUGCUAUGUAUUGAUAUUAUUAUAAAGGUAGUUGCUGAAAUUGUAGUGUAACAAAUUCAAGAUUAGAUAAAUAUGACAAACGUAUUAAGAAUAAAUGAAGAGUUAGUGAAUUGUUAACAAAAUAUAACGAUCAUUUAUCUUCUUAUAUUUAUGAGUGUA